UAUACCAGUAUAUACUCGUCUCUUCUGUAAAUCUCGGCGCGGUCGCAGUCGGCGACGGGUCGAACGACGUAGUAGCUGGAUGGGUCGCGAUUCGAACCGUUUGGUCGGUUGAAAAUGAUGCGCGCCUGCGACGGGACGUUCGAUAUUUUAUUGGAGAGAUUCUGGGCCAGCGGUACCGUCGCGACAACGACCACGACGACGACGGUGACGACGACAACGGCUGAAGGAGCGGCAGCGGUGGUGAACGACGGGGACGCGGCGACGGAGGAGGCGACGUCAAGAAAGUGCGAGGGGCAGCUGUCUUCGCUGAAUGCGGCGAACAGCUGUUCGUCCUAUAAGCCUGCGAAUCGUAUGACAGAAAUGGCGCAAGAGGACCACGGCCCGUCCUGGAACAAUCUGCCCAGCGUUAUCUUGCAGGAGAUAUUCUCGUAUUUGUCGCAUGAGACCAGAAUAAUAGCCUCUCAGGUGUGCAGAAAUUGGAGGUACACUCUGUUCCAUCCAAGUUUUUGGAAAAAAAUCACUUUUGUCUUCAGAGACGAAGACAGUGUUUUGUGGACUCGAACUUUGGCAAAUUAUUUCGCUUUGAGUGUGCAUGAAGCUACGAUUCGUUGGGAUCAACCCAUACACAUUGAUUAUGUGGGUGAAACAUACAAACUCUUAAAACAAUUAAGUCAUAAUAAACAGUUGAGAAAAUUGUUUUUGGAAUUUAAUAGCAAUGUCUAUGACUUUCCCAUCGACAACGAAGAUGACAGUAACUGCUAUCGUUCCACAUUGAUGGAAUCUGUGGCAAAUAUUAUUGAGACUUCUAAUUAUCUGGAGGUCCUAAGUUUAGGAUGCACAGAAGAGUUGAUAAUGAAUAUGUUUGUAAUUUUGGAACCUCUUCGUCUUCAUCACGCCAAACAUUUAACGCACCUCAGUCUGGCAUCUGUUAAGGACGAUCCUGAUUAUCAUAAUUUUUUCGAGCUCGAUUACACGAUUUUUAAUUCAUUUAUCAGAUUAUCCGUCUUAACUCUGGAUUAUGAGUUUGUAAGUGAUACUUUAUUAAAAGCGUUAGACAAUGGAUGUAUGCAAAGAUUUGUGAUUCAUGUACAUGGUUGGAGAAACGAUUUUCCGGGAACAACAAAUAUGGCUUGGCAAAUGUUUAGUCAGAAGAAUCCACAAUGUGAAUUAAGACUCAACAUUAUACACUCUUAUGCCGGUGUUAAAGUUUUAGACACCGACAUAUUCUGUCCCGCUAUGCCCUUGACGCAUUUGAAAGUAUUAUUUUGUGAAAACGUUAACAACAGGGCAUUGCUUCGAUUAUCAAUGUGGUAUUCACAUACACUAAGAUCAUUGACAUGGAUAGACUCGAUAGAUCGUAAGCAACGGAUGCCAGCUACAUUUGAUCCAAAUGAUCCGUAUAGUCCAGAUCCUCUAGUAUUGGUGGCGUGGAAAUGUACUAAGCUUACAAAGAUGGUGUUCCUAGGCCACAAAUAUUAUCAAGAGAAUUUGUUGGCCAUUGCGCGUCUUAGAGGCAAUACUCUUAAAUUGUUGGUAUUUGCAAAAAGUGAUAUCACAUCUGAAAAUGAAUCGUGGCACAAAGCUGAAAGUAUCACACAUGAAAUCCGAGACAUAAUGGGUUUACAUUGGAUGCCGCUGAACGAUUCGGACCUACCGACGGUGAUAUUGAAUCCUUUCAAAGGCGACAGCAGAGAAGUGAUUAUGCCAUUGGUUCUCAGUGAUCAAAAAUAAUUCUUGAUGGCCAAGGAAAAUUUCUACUCAGUGUGAUUAUCCAGUAAUCAUUUCCAGACCACCAACAUUCUCAGAAGUAAUGUUAUCAAAUUGCAUCUUCUAUUCUUCUAUGAGAUUUUUUAUUUAAUGAGAAAUUAUAGAUGAAACACGUGUAUAAGUUCGAAAUCUCGUAUUAUCAACGGCAUUAUCGAGUUGAGAAUCUUACUGGGUACAAUGAGAGAUAUAGAGGGAUAAACGCACAUAAUUUUUUCCUCGUUUAUGAUAUUUCUGUCGAUUCGUAUAUCAAUGUGAUAAAUUAUAGUCAAGUAGAUCUAUUUCGACUUGUUGAUGGUAUAUUCAAUGCAAAUUACGACACAUUUGCAAACAGAGAUGAGACGAUCUCUUCAGCUAAAAGAGACGAUCUCUUCAAUGAUUUAUAUGCAUUGUAACUUUCUUCUUAAAACUAAUGAAUCGCGUUUUGAUGUUAACAAAGUAAUGCUAGGAAUGAUCACGCGUACAUAUAUUAAGGCAUUAAGAGCGAUAAAUAAUUGUCUCUAUCGCAUAUAAAAAAUCGAAAUAUUGAAUUGAAAAGAAACCAGAAUACAUUUUAUAUAACUACUAAUACUAUUCUGGUCAAAGAGAGCUGUGCAUUUUAACGACAUGGCUGAAGAAGAUUGCAACGUGCGAAGUCUGCAUUGUGAAUCUUUAAAGAGAUCUAUAAAACUUAGCAAAGCUGAAACAAGAACACGCGAAGAUCUCUUAUCCAGCAGAAAAAGAAAAAGCUGCAGCACAUUGAAGAGAAAAGGAGAGAUUCGGAUCUUGUGAUCUUCCAUUGGAAAGAAUAGCAAAAUUCCAAACGUAUGUAAGUAAAAAAACGCGCGUUCAACAACAUAUUUUUCCAAUUCUCUGGGAAGUUAGGUGAUAGCGAGCGCCAAGAGCAUGACGUGCGAAAGUCAAACUUCUAGUAAAACUUCGCGAAGAGUUUAUUAAAUAAGCGGCGCACACACAAGUAUAAAGAGUUCUCGCGCUCAAGAAAAAAAGGCAACAAAAGAACGCGAAGUAUCAAUACAGCGAUCCGAGGUUAUUUUUAAUACCAAGACCAAUCGGACGCUUUUGUACAAAUGUUAACGUAUGCGCACCGAAAAAGUCGGCUUGAUGUAAAGUACGUGAAACAAGCGUGGGCGCAAAAGAAUGAAAAAAAAAGUCGCUCGAAAUACAGCCUGUUCAUAUAUUCCUUUCGACAAGUGAUAAUGAGUAGUAAUCGAAUGUGAGUAAUACUUAAAUAUAUAAUCGUCUGUACUCACCGUGCUCUUAGCGACCGCUGAUGACGAACACACGAAUGUAAGUGUGUAUCUGUAAAAUCGAAAAUAUUAGUCGCUAAUCGUAUAUGUAUGUAUAUGUAUGUAUAACUGUAUUAUCUGUCAAACUUUAAAUACGUCAACAUCCGGACGCAGUGCGCAUCUAUUUCUGUCGUACAAUUAACGCUGACGAUUUUUUGAGAGUAUGUUUACAAGAGAGAAAGAGAGAGAGAGAGAGAGAGAGAGAGAGAGAGAGAGAGAGAGAGAGAGAAAGAGCGAUCCGUAACAAAGAUAAAAUACCAAAAUGCAGCCGUAUAUAUACACACAAUUUACUAUUUCGAGAGAUUAUUUACUUUUUUUUUCGAGUCCUUGUAUAAUUAUAUAUUACAUUAUCGUGUAUCGUAACUUGUAGUCACGUAUAAUAUUGUGUUUUUUAUAUGUGGUUUCUGUACAUACAUCUCCAUGCGUUCGAGACACUGGAUACACGCGCGAGCAAGGCGGAAUUGCGCGCGGAAGAAUACACGAAGAGAAAAACGAGUAGAAGAAAAAGCGAAGAGGCAAGAAACAAGCGGAAUAAAAAUGAGAAACAAUUUAUAAUAGAGAGGAGAGAAAAAAAAUCUUUGACCAACGACCAGCUGUUAUACAAGAUGAACGGGCCUUAAUAUGUACCUGAGUCGCGGUAAGGGUAAAUUCAUUCGAGAAAUCUGUCACGCGACAUCCACCAUAGAGAGAUAACCACCUUAUAACUGUUGCGUCCUUGCGAACACGUUCGCACAUACAUACAUAUACGCGUUCGCCAGGACAACGGCUACGAACUUGAGGUAUAUCACGCUCGUGCAAGUGCCCUUUCAUUUCGUAUUCCGCGCGUGUAUAUUUUUACAUCAGAGGAGAUUAGAGAAUCUAACGCGAAACGAGAGAAAUAUGUAACUAGGGAUUUCCACAAGAAUCGUAGUUAUUACUGUACGAUACGUAAUGUACUAACAAAUUGUUCGCUGAAUGUCGAUUCUGUGCGAGACAGGACGAAAACUUUAUCAAGUGUAAUUUUACGUUUCUUCUCGUUUUUCUUUCAAACGAACGGAAAUUUCGCGUGAAGAAGAAGAAGAAGAAGAAGAAGAAGAAAUAUAUUUGGCGAUGCGGUAUCCAGCGUAUGAGUGUGAUGAAAUGAGCGAGAGAGAGAGAGAGAGAGAGAGAAAGAGAGAAAUAACGAACACGAUAGUAAAUAUACAUAAGUGUGAAAAAAAGCCAUGUGACAAUUGCGCGAGAGCAAGUUUAAUAGCGUGCGAAUAAAGAAAGAACGAGAAAAAAUUAACCGAGAAUGCGGUGCGAAAUGAUUCGCGUUUGAAUAUAAAUGGAUAUAUCCGCGCAUCGUAGUAACAAAUCAAGUGAUAUGAUAGUACCAUCUCUGCGAGUCCUCUGUAUUAAGUAAUAUCGUAGAAGGCAAUCGUGCAGCCACUUGAUGCGGGCACAACGCAACUAAAUAACCACGUGUGUGAUAACACGACAAAACCACAAAGUAUAAGACUGAACCUGCCGAAAGAGGUGUAUAUUACAACACAAGUCAAGCGAGCUGCACGUUGUCGCGCAAGAGUAGUCGACACCAUAUUCAUAAAAAAAAGGCGAGAGAUGGAAGGCACAUUCUUUGCAGAAGUCGUCGAUAAAGUUCCGUAGUUGAACACGAUCAUAGUUUUUUUUUAAUUUCUCGCGUGUUUUAAAUGUUUUUUUUUUUCUUUCCACGUUGCUUUCCAUCUUAGCCUCAUCGAAAUCGUUCGCGCAAACGCGAAUAUUUAUGAAUAUGCGCGUCGCGAAAGCGAAACAAAAAUAAAGGGAUGGUGCACAAGCUAGCGUGUAGAUUGGAAUAAGCCCUGAGAGAGCUCACUCGACAGCGAGGUUCUCGUAACCGAUAUUAUACACUUAAACCCUUUAAAGCAGCCUGCCAAGAAUCAAAAUACUGUAAAAUAUCAAAACGAACGCUAGCCAGUACAGAAUGCUAAGAUCUAUUUUUUAAGAAGCGAAUGUAUAUUUUUGUACUAAGGCAGGCCUUAGCGUGUGAUCGUGUCUUCUUGCGCGUGACGGCGAGACCGAGAGCUGUGAUUAUAACACGUGUUGGCUAUAUAAGGGAUAGGGAGAGAUCAACACGGGAAAUAUAUAUCGAGAUAAUCUGCGCAUCAAUAUGCGAACAACAUAGGGAAAACGAGACGAGAAUCCCUGAUCAAAUGUUACCGAGUGAGCUAUAAGCAUAGACAGGGCGUUAUUAAAAAAAAUAUCGAGAAUAAAACAUCUGUGAUAAAGUAGAAAAUCUUACAAGCGUGUUCGAGAGAGUGGCUGAAGAUCGGCGAGUGUAGGUAGAAAGUAGGAAAAAAAUCGAAAAACAGAGAGAGAGAGAGAGAGAGAGAGAGAGGACUGAAGAGAAUCAGAAAUCCACGCGCGCGCAUCUAUGAAACUUGAACGCGCAAGCGAUUCCUUCGAGACUUGAGACGGAGCCGGUGACCUCGACCUGUGCGAUUGAUUAUUGGCAGCGGACCGAAAGAAAGAGAGAAAAUAUUGAGAGAUUGUCUUUUGAAAACAAGACAAGCCCGGUCUAAUUAGGUAGACGACGACCCGACCAACUCAUCUCGAUCGCGCGCUCUAAGUAGUGGGUUGCAACGCACGUUUAUUUUUCUUUUUUUUUUCUUCUCGGCCAGCGAUCAGACGAGCGCGUCCUGCAAGGGCUGCGGUACACGAGAGUUUUUUCCCUUUACACGAAAACCGCUCCGUCUUUCGACAUUCCAUAAUGAGAUGUGGAGACCGGAGACACGUGCGACCGCGUUGACGCGCUAAAUGAUUACUGACACGCUUCGCCGACUUCCUAUAGACAAUGUUGGUCCUCUCGACUCACCGCAGAUAGAGAACUUUUACGCCGCAGCGGUCUUGGCAUUCUUCCUCUGCGCGGAGAUGAAAUCCGCCGCUGACGGUGAAGCGCGCGCGCGCAUUUAGGUAAAUUAUAUUAGAGAGAGAGAGAAAGAAAAUCUUAAGUUAUAUAGUCGACUGAAAAUCGCACAAGAUUAUCGGAAUACAACUCGAGUAUAUGUAUAUGUAUAUAGUUUGAUUUUGACACGGACACGCGAUACGGAGACGCAUUUUGUCAAACCCGCGCGAACGAAAUAGUCGUCGUCGGGUCACCGUCGGCGGCCACGAAUAGUAUAAGUUCCUAAAAAGAAAUAAUUUACACACACACACACACACACACACCACACGAGUAUAAGCGAAGAUAAAAUGAAUAGAGAGGCCGGCACGCGAAUACGCCCUCAUGUACGAACGAAGAGAGAAUAUGCGGUAGUUCGUUUGUGUUUGUUUUCGGUGCUUUUCAAUACUUUCGGACACACGGUAUAACAUCGAGUCACAUUGUCAUUACUUAACAAAGUAUUAUAUAUUUACAAUCUCCAUUCCAUUCGACGGGAAUGAGCGUAGCAUAUUGUCGCUAGGAAGAUCGGCCAGAGGAAGCACGAUCGUCGAGCGAGUCGAUUCUAGAGAAGCCGAAAAGUAUUGCGUAGUAAUCGAUCGGAGGCAGAUUAUCUCUGCUAUUUUAUACGAGUUGUUUCGAUGAUAAUGAUGAUUGCGAAUAAGAUAUUCGAUAAUUAUUAAUUUAAGUAUCAAACACACGAAGAUCCUAUUAAUCCUAGGAAGCGCAACAGCGAGUAAUAUAAUGCCUAAUGAGUUUCUGUAGACACGCUGAUCUUCGGGUAUCGAUCGAUCUUACUUGAAUUGUACAUUCAGACUUGCGUUAACGGUUCGUACGUAUUCCCGAUUAUUAUAUUAUACUUGCCGUCGCGAUGUUAGCGAUUAUCGCGUUUCGUUCGUGCCGUACAAAUGAUUUCUUCCUCCCCCCUCCCCUUUGGGGAAAAUGCACGGGGACAGGAAAGACGACGAUGUCGCCGGACAGAUACGCGAAUUCCUCUAUCGAGAUCGUAUUCACAUGAAAGAGGUGAAGAAGACAGCGUUAGAUGUAAGCAACGAGCCGUAUGUAAGCGAGGAGCGAAGAUCCGUAAUCGAGCCUGAAGAUUUUCUUUCGCAAUGGGCUUCGCGAAUACAACUAGGGGCCCAAAUAUUGUAUAUCUUGUCGCUAUGUUCGUUCGUAAUUUUGAAUGAAGUUUUUAGAAUGAUAUCCUAGUUCUGAUAGGUGUGUGCGUGUGCGUGCACGCGACCCAUAUGUAUGUAAUCAUCGCGUGUACACACUGAUGAAGAAAAAUUGUGCUCCGUCACGUAACGAUGGUACCACGCGAUCGGCAAGAAACGGAAGAUCCAGGGAUUCAAGGCCUUGAAAAAUCGGACAUUUCGAAGUUUCCGGAAUUCUAAGACUUAUACGGAUUUUAAAAAUAAAUGUUAAUAAAAUUAUUCGUAUCAUGUAUAUGUGAAUGAUUUCGUUAAUAAUUACUAAAGAUGAUCCGGAAAGGAACGGAAACAGAUUUAACAGCGAGAUUUAGCGUCACUUUCACAUUUUCCCGUCUAUAAAAGUUUCAUUGACUUUGAUGUAUAAUUUAUUACAUUCGGCGCGGAUUAACAAUCAAGAGACAAUCGCGAUCAGCAUUAAAUUAAUUAAUGUACAUGCUAUAUAUUGUGUCGUAUAUUCUCGUAUACGUAAUGCGCGUUGUAUGUGCAGAGAUGUAAUUCGAAAUGUCAAAGAAAGGGAAUAUAUUAGCGAGAGGCUUUGAGUCUUCUGGACCGUUUUUUUUCUGACUUUUCCUUGGCGAUAACGUAAUAAUGUUGAAUUUAAUCUAAUGAGAAGGUUUGUUGAAAAAAAAUCUAUCUUUUCAUCGCUAGAAAUUGAAAGAGAUCUUUAAAGUUCUCAAUGUUACAUCAUCGCUAAAGAGAAGUCGUCUCCUUCGUGAAUGAGAGAUAGUCGUCUUAUUAUGAUUCUUUCCUUCAAACAGAGAAUUUGCGGACAGAGAAAGCGAACCUCAAGACGCUCGUCCCUAUUAUCUCGAGAACGUACCUCGUUUUCGACAUAGUUCUACUGUAUAUAAGGGAAAGGAUUUAUGCGCGGAGAAAUAUACUGGAAAUAUACCUGUUUCCUUCUCGUAUGUCGUCGAUGAAAAAUCGACGGAAUGACAUCGAAGUUUAGCACUGAAGUCUCACUUGUUGUUGUUUGCGACGGUAAUUCACCAAUAAAACUACAAUCGCGUUACAUAUUUUUCUUCGUCAAUGUAAUCACGUCACAUAAACAAACAAACACACACAUACACAAACACAUAUACAAUGCCGAAUAACCAUUUGACUUAGCGAUGUCAACAUUAACGAAUUAUUAAAAAUGUAUGUGUAUGUACGUUGCGUGUUCGUCUAAAUAAAUAUUAUCGUGUGCAUGAGCGCGCCGACGAGAGAGGCUUCGCGAUCGAUAGAUUAAUUAUCGCGCGGCUUAAUUCGAUCAGACGAAUCGCGUGAGAGAUCGGUUAUCAAUUUUUCGCUGUCCCUUGUGCUCGUUGUAUCUGUUCAAACCGGCUGCGAGUAACAGCGUGCCGAUAUUAGAGAAAUGAAACUCAUUAUAAUCGUGCAUUACUUUCUAAGCAGUCUAUCGAUGUUAGUUAGAGCCACUUCCUGAUGGUCUCGACGUGCGUAGAAUUUAAGUAAACGGGUAUGAAAAUUAAUGCACUACAUAUAAAAGCACAAUUAGGGAAUCACUCUUCUUCAAAGGGGUAUCUUUAUAAAGAUAUUUCGUACGCACAGCAAGAUAUUUAUUUUAGUAGCUUAUCUUAACGCUUUAACGAACUAUACUGAAUCACAAUUACAUACAGAAGGCUUAAUAAAUGUCAUGUCUAUAGAUUACAAAUAGUGGCGGAUCUACCUGAAUAAAGUUUUUUGUUAUAUGGUAUGCGCCAAAACAUUGUUUCAGGAGCUGUGAUUAUUUUUUUUGCAACUUUAAAAUCUAGUCCAGUUAAUUGUUUUGUUGAUAAAUUAUUAUAUUAUAUAUAUACACACACACACACACACACAUAUAUAUAACGUUUUAUAUUUUAAUUAUAUGUAUAUAAUGAAAUUUUAUUAUAUACAUAAUUAAAGUAAGAUUUAUAUUGAGAUUUGAUAGAUAUAUAUUUCUAACAAUGUGUGUACUUAUUUUUGAAAUACGAUUUUUUACAUAAAGCUUUUUAUAUUAAUUUCUUUAGUAAUAAAAAAUUAUAUAAAUUCGUUAUAUAUAUAUAUUUUUGUUUUCGUGAAAUAAACUAUUUUUUUAGAAAAGUUAUGCAGUAGUAUGGGCCUUUGAAAAUGUAGAUCCACCAUUAACAAUUAUUAUAAAAUUUAAUGGCACUUCAAAGGGGCAUUUUCCGUAGAUAUAUUUAAUGCGAAACGCAUUUCUCUUAAUCAAUUUAUCCUUGAUUAUGCAAUUUUGUAUUUUAACAAGUACAUUUAAAUGUGAUAUUUUUAGCUUUUUUAAUUACUGAAUGUAUUAGAUUCACAAAAAUCAGCAUUUUGAAGCAGUGAUUUCUUAAUUGUUGCUGAAUAAUAAAUCGUCAUCAUCGAUUUCACGGACGUCGGGACGCACAUUUGUGGCUACGCGUUUUAAUUUUUUAUUUGCCGUUAUGCAUUAUGUGAUUAAUAAUAGAAAACGUACUCGUAUCUAUUCCUUCGAAUAAGAUUGGACUUGACGCUUUGACAACAGGUGUUGAAUUUUGCCGAGUUUUUGCUUAAAUAUGUAAGACAUGAAUCGAUUUAUAAUUAUCAUCAGCAAUAACAUACUUUCUAUCUUACAAUCGAACAUCUUCGGGAUCUUUCAAUUGUCCUUUUGCCAUCGUUUAUUGUCGAAUUUAUUUUUGUAAAAUUGGUUUAGAGCGUCGUAUAUAUAAAAAUCAAAGAAGAUACAUUAGCUAAGGUAAUAAAUCAAUUUUAUAAGAUCAAGUUAAUAUUUAUAAGAAUGACUACAUCGUUGUCAUCGCGUUAAGUCACCGUGCGAGUACAGGAGUAAUGUUAUAGAGAAAGAGUAGUUUCGAUUUUUGCUCGAUUCGAUCACUCUUAUGUGCUCGUUCCUAGACUACACGAAACGCCAGUCGAGAUAUUUAAUUGUGUUCGGUGUGCAAUGUGAUACAUGUUUCUUUUUUUUUUUUUUUUAAUUUUUAUUAAAAACAUCUUUCUUCGAACUACUUGCGAACUGCGUGUCUCUCUUGCAGCUUCGUGUAUUUAUAAAUUUCUAAUCGUAUAUUUUUCUGGGCACAUUAUUGACUCGUAACACGACACGAAUUUCAUGUCGCGAGUUCUAGAGUGCGAGUUUCGUCUUCCGGCUGAAGAACCCGCGAUGUAUCGAAAACCAUCCGGAAUUAUAAUUUUGAAGCGACAUCACGAAGACGUUUCUCGUAUAUUUUCGGCGUUUUACUGAAACGCAAUCUUGGAAUAUUAUCACAAAUCUGCGCACAAAGACCAAGGCGCUCGUCGUUACAAUACGCGGAAUCUGUGUCCGCAUAGAAAUCUGUUAUUGUAUAACUUCGAUAUUAUCCAAUUUUUGAUGGAUAUGUAGUCCCGGACGAGCAUCUUUACAUGCCGGAACCGUUUAAACUAUCACGUAAUCAGUAUUCUUUCGAUUUCAAAGUCCCGUUGGAGAUUGUAUAUCGAUCUAUUGUUUUUACAUCCGAGUCUUGUAAUGAUAGAAAUCAAAUGUUUUUUUUUUUUUCGAAAUGUAAAUCAAUUUUUAAAAAUGUAUGAAGCGAUAAAUAAAUAAUGCAUGGCAUAAGAUAA